GGCCAUUCCCAAGCGGGGGCAAGCGACUCGUCGGCGCUCAUGUUGGCAUUUUUGUGAUUACCAUCAUCGUAUCCUUCAGUUUUUUUUAUUUCAAUCCGGACUCACAAAAAUCUAUCAUAGCAUCCAUAAAAUACGGCAGGGGCGAUGAGCAAGCUAUACAUAGGAAAUUUACCGGCAGACGUCAACGAAGGAUCUCUUCGGGAACUUUUUCACGAACAAACCGGCAUUGUACCCAAAUCUGUACUCGUGAAGAAAGGUGGCUAUGCUUUCGUCGAAUGCUCUGAUCAGCAGUCGGUUGACAAGGUCAUAGAAGCGCUAAACGGGCAUUCAUUCAUGGGGUCACAACUGCUUGUGGAGCCUUCCGUGCCUCAAAACCGGAGCAGAAGUCGCUCACCACGAGUUCAGGUGAGCAACAUCCCCAACCAUGUUGAGCGGGAAGACGUCCACCAGCUUCUUUCCACCUUCGGCAAUGUGCAAAACCUUGAGCAGGUUCCUUCGAAGACAGAAAGUGCAACGUACCGUGUGCAAGUAACUUAUGAAACUCAAGAACAGGCACAGCAGGCUGUUGCUCAACUGAGGGAUUAUGAGUACGAAGGCUCUAUGCUCAGGGUGGAGUAUGCAACAGACAUGAACCGUAACAACCGUAUGGGGCGAAUGGGUCGUGUCCCUUUCCGCCCGUUUGGGUACCCUGGCAACCAGGGAUCUCCUAUGCGUCCUUCAGACUUUCCCCUCAGGAUACUCGUACUCAGUGACAUGGUAGGUGCUAUCAUUGGUAGAGCAGGUGGUACCAUACGACAGAUCACGCAGCAAUCUAGGGCCAGGGUUGACGUGCAUCGCAAAGAAAACGCUGGCUCUCUCGAAAAAGUGAUCACCAUUUAUGGGAACCCAGAGAACUGUUCUCUGGCUUGCCAGAAGAUCUUGGAAGUGAUGGAGCAGGAAGCAAGCAAUACUAAUAGAGGGGAAGUUCCUCUGAAGAUUCUUGCGCAUAACAACCUGAUUGGACGCAUCAUUGGGAAAAAUGGAAACACCAUCAAGCGCAUCAUGGAACAGACAGACACCAAAGUGACGGUCUCGAGCAUGCACGAUGCCAAUGCCAUGAGCCUGGAACGAGUAAUAACUGUGAAGGGCAAGCCAGAUGGAGUGUCUCGAGCGGAACAGAUGAUCAGCGCGAAGCUGCGCCAGAGCUACGAGAAUGACCUGGCUGCCUUGGCCCCUCAGGCCCUCAUGUUCCCUGGCCUACACCCGAUGGCCCUGAUGGGCACAAUGGGUGGGGGAGGCGGCUACCACCCUCCUCCGCCUCAUCCGCGUGCUGCCUAUGGUGGCGGCGGCGGGGCCUACAUGCAUCCCUCCGCCCAGGCAGGGCCGUACCCGCAGAACGACCCCACGGGGAAGGAGGUUGUGUACGUGUACAUACCCAAUGGCACUGUGGGUGCCGUCAUCGGAACUGGGGGUUCCAGUAUUAGAGACAUGAUCAUGGCUUCUGGUGCUACAAUCAAGGUUGCUCAGUCAAACAAGGAUGAACCCACGGAUUCUCACGAAAGGAGGGUGACGAUCAUUGGUAACCCGGAGUCCCAAUGGAAAGCCCAGUACAUGAUCUUCAAGAAAGUGUGCUUUGAGGGAUGCGGAGGAUCUCAAGACGGAACGUUGAGAGUUGAAAUCUAUGUGCCAUCCAACCAAGUUGGAAGAAUUAUCGGAAAAGGAGGCCAAACGGUUCGUGAGCUUCAACGGCUGACACGCGCGCUGAUCAAGCUGCCGGACGAAAGUCAGAAUGCCAACACGGAGGAGACCCCAGUUCACCUCCUAGGAGACUUCCUCAGUACACAAGCUGCCCAACGCCAGAUUCGCGCCAUGGUGAACCGUAAUCAAAUGGCUAGCGGACAGCCACCCUUUCCUCCGCACCUCCGCAGCGGGCGCCGAAAUCUGCCCCCUCAAGGCCCCCCUCGGCCUCCUCCGCCUCCUCCAGUGCAACCAGGGAACUAGUUCUCAGAGGCAGGGGAAAUAUUCGCUUUUCCUGCUGCCACGGUUCCCCCUCCUCCAGUAGCUGUUCCCCACAUUGGAUUGGAUCGGAUUGGGUUGGAUCAAGGACCGCGGUCUUGGCUCCGUGUAAAGGGACGACGCUGCUGCAGGAGGGGGGGCCGUAACUUUAUUUCUGUUAUUUUAUUAUUAUUUUUUUCACGAGGAGGUACGGGUGAUCCGAUGGACAGAUGUGGUGAUGUUGGAGGUCACUUUGUUUGGUUUUCAAAGGGCACACAGGUAGCAGAGACGCAUAGCAGUUUGGAUGUUGCUCCUUCGGCAGUUUUUGUUUUAAUUUAAACGUUCGUAUUUGACGUGAACAAACUCGAUUGGACUUUGGGGGUUGAAAUGGACUUUGAUAGAUAUGGCCUCGACGACAGUCUCCCAUUUGUUGGAUGCCGAAGGAUCAACAUCAUAACCGCUGGUGGAUGCGUGGUUUUUAUACAUUUGCGGGCGCAGAGAAGAACGACCAGUUGUUCGGCAUAGAGCGCCACCAAUGGGCAAAUGCGGGGGGAGCGUAGGCUUAGCCGCGUUUCUCCAUGGUGGUGCCCUAUGCUCUCUGCCUCACCAUCACAAUUGAGGACGGACAAGCGGCAGUGACUGCGCUCUGUUACGAGUUGUUGUUGUGCUCACCGAUAGCAGUAGAGAGGCAGCUGUGGGUUGCACUGGCAAAGCUUCUUCAUUUGUACAGGGAGCCAGAGUGAUUUGUUGGUGCCUCCGCAGCGGAGGGAACCGCCCUCGAUCUGGUGUGCACUGAGGUGAAACACUGCCCAACGGGUGACUGCUCGGAGCACCUGGGCGGCAGUUUCGUGCGGGGGCCCCCUCGCUGUCCUUCCAAGACCCGGCCCUGCACCGAUUUCACGGCGCGGCACGACGGUCCCCGGGACCGGUCAACGUCUGCCGCCGCGUCCCGCUCGAAUGUACUGCGGAUCCUUCUGCGGAAAUUCUGCGUGUGUACAUUCAUGUGACUACACGGAAGCACGUGCAAGAAUGGAGAGAGAGCUACAAAUUGUUGACUUAUAUAAUAUACGUGAGUGUGUGUGUGUGCGUGCGUGUGUGCAUGUGCGUGUGACGGAGGUGGAGACGCUUCAUUUUGUAAGAUGUUAUUGUCGGAGAGUUUUUAUUUUUGAUACUUGUUGGAGAAACCAUUUUUUUGUUGUCGUCCUUUUGCGACGAGAGGGAGAGAGAGAGAGGUGGCACUUUUUGCCGCAGCUUUUCCCUUCUUUCUUUUUUUUUUUUUUUAAAGACUAUGACCUGAAUAGCAAGAAAGGAAGCGCUUGGGAGGGGGGCGUUCACGCCCCCCCCCGGUCUCUGUCGCUAUCCUCGAAGAGAUCACAUAACAGGUACAAGCAGAAGACACACCAUAAAGGGCUGCAUGGUAGAAAGAAAUCUGUGCCACGUUUCUCCAAUAAGGCUCGUUUUUUAUAACUGGAUUUCAAGGACACUUCUCCGUAAGACGAACCUGCAGACGACGUUCUGUUCCGGCUACGCGAGGAGCGCCGGCAUUGUUCCUCUGCACCGUGGAAACCUAGAGGCUGAACGGCCACACACAGUGACAUCUGCUUCAGACAGAUAACCUCUAAUCCCCCUUCACCCCCUGAUUGCCAGAAAGCCAAACAAAGCCUCUACAUAACCUUUGUUCGUUCAAGACGAAGACCCACGACGUCCCCGUCGCAACACCGAGGCGUAAUGAUUCUUUUUGAAUGCCUGCCGCAGGCAAAUAGACGAAGAUGAUGGAUUUUUUUUUUUCUUUUUCUUUUUGUCGCUCCCUCGUGGAGAUCGAUAAGCCGAGGUUGCCCCCCCCACCCUCGAGUCAUUACUACCUCAUCAACUGUACGAGAGUGUGCUUGAUUGUCACUACCAGAGUCGCAUCUAUAUUUAUCGGUACCUCGUGGUGACCCCCAAUCGCACCUCGGAUUUUUUUUUCAAUAUUUUUUUUUGCAUUACGUCGGCUCCGGCAACCUUUUUUCGUCCGUCACGGGCUGCGAUAGUAUUUGCCCGGAGUUGCUGGUAACCCGAUUCAACCUCGGACGCUGUUCGUUAAGCACAGCUUGGAAACUCUAGGCCGGGAAAAAUAUCUUUCUCACGUUUCCACUCUCUAUGAGAUUUCAUCCUUGUUCAUUCUGCGCUUCACAAGGAUUUGGAGCUCUUUGCUUUGUUACUGGUCCACAGGAGAGCCCACGAAAGCUCGUCGACAAGCUGAACUUGUUUGCAGACACGAAAGCCAACAGGUUUAAGCAGCUGUGCUGCCUUUCGCCCGGGAAGGCACGCUCAAGAUUUUCAGUGUUCUAUACCGCUUGCAUUCAUAUACAGUAUGUAUAACCGCUGCCACCCUGAUACUUCAACUGCUGUCGCAGUUUAGUUUCUUUUUUGCAAGAUAGUCUCGUCCUGCACUUUUGAUUAACACUUGUAACUCUGGGCAGGCGAUUGAAAUUUGUUGUAUCUGUGCUGUCCUGGUUGGUGAUGAUUUCGUUUCUUGCGUAGGACAGCAUGCCAGUUGAUCAUUGUACUUGUAGCUUAGCAGUGGGGUUAUUGAAUUAUUCACCGAAACUGCUGCAGGAUUGAAGCUGUUUUAUUGUCCGAUGUGUCUUACGGCGACGACGCUCUUCUCGGUUAUUGGUCGAGGAGAUUUAUUAUUUUUUUUUGCUUCGGAUGGCUGCAGAUGAUUCAGCUCUGAACUAACUUUGCUCUUUUUUUUUUUUUUCUUUUUCGGAGAACACUUUCGAAGCUCGCAAUCCUGCAGUUUUUGCGGCGCCCUUUCUUCGUUCGCUGUUCCGCAAUUAUCUGUAGGCCUAGCUUGAUUAAUUUUUGCUUUCAUUGUUUGAUAUGCAUACCCGCCGCGGCAUGAUAGCCGCCGGCACUGAUGCCGCACCAGUUAUCCGUUUUUGCUCCGCGGGGGACGUUCUGCAGUAACUGGGGCAGGAACCUUUUUUUUUUUUUUUCUGUGUGGGCUUAGCAAAGUUAAACUGAUGGUAAACUUGUAACUGUUUUUCUUUUUGAAUGUGUAUGAUGCCAUAGUUAGUAUGUGACCAGAAAGUGUGGCUUAGACAGGUAUUCUGUGCAGGCUACUCACCCUGCCUUGUUUGUUGGUGCAAUGCUGACAACCGCUAAGGGGACAGACUCUUACACACAGCAAGGUCGUUUGACGCAACUGGUCUUAGUUUCUCUGUCUUUGAUGUUCUGUCAGUAACUUAACAUAUCCCAAGUAAAUACAGGAUGGUCAUGUUUUUGUGCAGUCAGGAAAACUUCAAGGCGAAUCUGUAUGAGAGUAUGGACGCAAUACAGGUCUUGUUUUGA